AUGCAGGCCCAAAGUGAGGAGAUGAAACUGACAGUCCAACAACGACUGACAAGACAGAAGGAAGCAGUGGCUUGCAGGAUGAAGAAACUAGACGCCAAGCAAAAUGAAAUUAAAAAAAAGUACUCAGCGAUCCAGGAGAACAUUGAGAGGAAGUAUGAGGAGAUGAGGAGAGUGUUGGAGGAAGACUGUAGGAUCACUCUUUCUCUGCUGGAGAUGGAGGAGAAGGCUACAGUCCAGGCCCUGGAUGACUUCACGGAGAGAAACUGUGCUGUCCUCAGUGAAAUAGAGUUCCGGCUGAGUGAGGGGUUGAUGGACAGUGACAUACAGUCGGGAGACCUGGUCCCAGAACUUGAGGACAGGGUUGAGGACUUGUUGAAGGUUACAGACCCAGGCCUCGUGAGACUUGACGAGGUAAAGGCGGAGCAGAUACUGGACCGAACCAACAACCUGCUGCUGUUUAUCCGCUCUCAAACCCCCAUCGUUAAGAGACUACUCAAGAGCUGCUUGGCUGAGGUGACCUUAGACCCAACCACAGCUCAUCCCAAGCUGAUCAUUUCCCCAACGCAGAAUAGCGCCACCUUUACCAGUGUGUGGCAGGAGGUACCUGACUAUGAGGGCCGGUUUGACACCACCCUCAAUGUCCUGAGCCUGCAGAGCUGGGACACAGGCCGUCAUUACUGGGAGCUGGAUGUGAAGGGGAAGGUGUACUGGGAGCUGGGCCUCACCUACCCCUCCAUCCCGCGCAAGGGCCGCCAGGAGGACUGCUGGCUUGGCCGGAGAGACGAGUCCUGGUGCGUGGAGUUCUUUGAUGGAGACUACACAGCCUGGCAUGGCGGCAAAGCCCAUCCACUGCCUGUUUGUACUCAGUUUAACCGCAUUGGGGUCUUUUGCAGUUUCCCCGCAGGACUGGUGAUGUUCUUUGGGGAGGACAGCAUGACACCUCUGUUUGCUUUCUGUACUGGGACGUUCACAGACCGCCUACAUCUGGCUCUGUGUCCAGGACACGAUCUUCAAGGAAGUAACUCACAGCCUAUUAAAAUCUGCAACACAUCUCAUGCAAAGUCAUAG